AUGUCUACUACCAUUACAAUCAGCAGCAAUAGUCCAAUUGUCAUUCGCCAUGAUGGACCCAAUGGCCAUGCGAAUGGACUUACCAAUGGAUAUGUUAAUGGCGACAGUCAGAACAGAUUCAUUGAAUAUGCCAAUAGUGUCACUACGAAUGGACACAAUACACAUUUCACUGCCGAACCGGGACUUAACGAUGCACCAGAUCGUGUAAAGUUCGCUUAUUGGGUCCCUAACGUUUCCGGUGGUUUAGUUAUAUCGAAAAUUCCGCAGAGAACAAGUUGGGACUACGAAUCGAAUGUGAGAUAUGCGCAGACUGCCGAGGAGGUUGGAUUCGAAUAUGCUCUCACGCAAAUUCGAUUCAUGGCAGGAUAUGGAGCUGAUAACCAACAUGAAUCCGUCUCCUUCUCACAAGCACUUCUCCAUAAUACUAAGAAACUGAAUGUCAUCGCGGCCUUAUUACCUGGACCUUGGAAUCCAGCCGUCGCCGCUAAGCAAAUUGCUAGCAUCGAUCAUUAUACAAAUGGAAGAAUAUCUGUGAAUAUUGUUUCCGGUUGGUUCAAGCAAGAGUUCACAAGCAUUGGACAAUGGUGGCUGGAGCAUGCUGAGCGAUACAGGCGUAGUAGGGAAUUCAUCGAAUGUUUGAAAGGGAUUUGGACUUGCCCAAAAUUCUCAUACAAAGGGGAUUUUUACCAAUUCCAUGAUUAUCCAUUGUCACCAAAGCCACUCAAUUUACCCGGUCGGCCACAUCCUCUCAUUUUCCAAGGUGGAAAUUCAAUUGAUGCUCGGGAAAAUGGAGCAUCGGUAUCCGAUUAUUAUUUUAUGAAUGGCAACACCCUUGAAGGAUUCCAAGAGCAAAUUGCCGAUGUCAAAGAGCGAGCGCGGAAGCUCGGCCGUGAAGAGAAAAUACAUUUUGCUGUCAAUGGUUUUGCUAUCGUCAAAGAAACGGAAGAAGAGGCCAUACAACUACUCUCCGAAAUUCAAGGCAAAGCCGACAGAGAAGCUGUGAAUGCCUUUUCGGAUGCAACAAAACAAGCUGGCUCAUCAACAGGGAAUAAGAAGGGCAUGUGGGCAGAUAGCAAAUUUGAGGAUUUGGUGCAAUACAACGAUGGGUUUAAAACAAAAUUGAUCGGAACAGCUGAACAAGUGGCCGAUAGAAUUUUGUUGUUGAAAAGCUUAGGAAUUGAUAUUGUUCUAAUUGCAUUUUUGCACUAUGAGGAUGAUAUUCAGAACUUUGGUGAAAGGGUUUUACCAUUGGUUCGAAAGCUGGAGAAGGAAGGAAGAGGGAAAAAUGCCGAGGAUGAAAUUUUAAGGACUGGAGACGUUUACCGUGCAAAAAGGUGA